AGUGACUCGCCCGUUGUACGAAAUGGCACAUGUCACAGCUGUAGUUUCCAAGUAACCAAGGAAGACGACAUGUCGGCGGCAUCGGAAAAGCUGCGCUAUCCAAAUCAAAGCUUGGGAAAGGACACAGAGGAGGGAUCCCAGAAGGGGGUGGCGGUUCCACGAACGAUCCCCUCAGCGGUGCUUCAAAGCCAAGUCGCCAAUUUAAAAGCCAAGUACGGGGCCGCUGCGAACGAGGACGAUGACGAGAACCCAAACGAAGAGAACCAAGACCCAGAGAAUUCUUUUCGAACGACGCGCGGCCACGGAGUAAAUUAG